AUGGUAAAAAUCGAGGCAUUUGCAGUGGAGCAGUGGAUGGACAAGUAUGAGACCACCGCCAAGUACAACACCGCAGAGACGUGUUGUGCGUCGGUUUCAAUUGACGAUCUUCGCGCUCUCUGCGAGGACAAGGAUAAGGAUCCGUUAUCUGGACUGCAGUCGACCAAGCUCACUUACGGGGCUAUCCGGGGUUCUGAUCAACUGCGCGAAACACUCAGCAACCUUUACUCAGCCAAGAUUCCUGGCUUGACCACCAAGGAGAGUAUUUUGAUCACCAAUGGUGCGAUUCAGGCCAAUUUUCUGCUGUUAUACACCCUGGUCGGGCCUGGGGACCAUGUCAUCUGCCACUACCCCACAUAUCAACAACUUUAUUCCGUGCCUGCAUCUCUAGGCGCCGAGGUCAGUCUAUGGAAAGCGAAUGAAGCGAAGGACUGGCAGUUGGAUCUCGAAGAACUGAAGACCCUCAUUCGUCCCAACACAAGGAUGAUCAUUAUCAAGUAUGUGCCCAAAAAAAUGAAAGAAAUGGCUAGCCUGUCAAGGUUGAAAGAUGCUGAUCAAGAACUGUCUCCCUCCAGCAACCCGCAGAACCCAACAGGCGCUAUUAUUUCGCGCGAGACUCUUCAAGGCCUUGUCAGCGUUGCUAGGGAAUCCUCAAUUACUGUUUUUGCGGAUGAAGUGUAUCGGCCGAUUUUCCACAAUAUCAGUCCUAUGGACCCUCAGUUUCCCCCAUCGCUCCUUUCAUUGGGAUACGAGCACAGUGUUGUGACUGGAUCAGUUUCUAAAGCCUAUAGCCUGGCUGGUCUUCGAGUAGGCUGGAUUGCGUCUCGCAACAACUCUAUCAUUGAAGCCUGUGCCAGCUCGCGUGAUUACACCACAAUCUCUGUCGGUCAGCUCGAUGACGCGGUCGCUAGCUUUGCUCUGGCGCCAGAAUGUAUUCACAGCCUGCUGAGACGCAACAUCGAGCUGGCACGGACCAAUCUUGCCAUUCUAGAAAAGUUCAUCGAGUCUCAUCGAUGGGCCUGUGACUGGAUCAAACCACGUGCUGGCACAACCGCAUUCGUCCGUUUCAACAAGAUGGGCAAGCCAGUCAAUGAUGUGAUCUUCUGCGAGAUGCUUCAUGAUCGGAAGGGCGUCAUGUUCGUCCCUGGAAGCCUGUGUUUUGGAGGAGGUGAGGAAUUCCAAGGAUAUGUUCGCAUUGGGUAUGCUUGUGAGACCCAGGUGUUGGAGCAGGGCCUUGAUGCUCUUCGUGAUUUCAUGGAGGAUGACUACGACGAAGUUCCUGCGUUGAAAAAGGUCAAGAAGUCCCAAUAG